AUGACGCCAGAUACGAACGAGGCGAUUGCAGAGAUCUGGCAGACAGAGACGACGGAGACAAUACGGUCGAGCAUCUUCGACUACCCCAUCGAGCAUGGCCGGCAGUACCACGCAUACAAAGCUGGUUCCUACCACAGACCGAAUGAUGAGGAGGAGCUCACCCGAAUCGAUCUCGUGACAGUAAUCUUCAACCUCGUGAACAAGGGCAAAAUGCAUCACGUACCGCUAAAUCCCUCUUCCAACCUGAGAAUACUCGACAUAGGCACAGGGACAGGAAGCUGGUGCAUCGAGAUGGGCGAUGCUUACCCAGCAGCCGAUAUCACUGGCAUUGACCUCAGCGCCAGCAUGCCUGAAUUGGUCCCGCCUAAUGUGCAAUUCGAGAUCGACGACGCGGAAGACCCCUGGACGUAUGAUCAGCCCUUCGACUUCAUCCACUCUCGGUACAUGUUGGGCGCUAUCAGGAAUUGGCCGGGCAUGGUGCGACAGUGCUUUGACAACCUCACGCCAGGAGGAUACAUCGAGCUUCAGGACUUCGACCUCGACUACUAUUCUGUGGAUGGUUCACUAACUCCGGAUCAUGCGCUGAAAAGGUGGCUGACGGCAUCGUACGCCGCGGAAGAGAUUACUGGGCGGACUCUCAGACCUGGAAGGCAACUGGAAGGGUGGUUGAAAGCAGCUGGUUUUGUGAACGUUCAAGUCAUUCGAACUCCAAUACCGCUCGGACCAUGGCCGAAGGACGAACGUCAGAAGAGGAUAGGUCUACUCAACUGGACUCAACUGUGGGAAGGCCUGCCAGGUCUCAGUUUACGGCUCUUCAUUGACGUCCUUGGCUAUACACGGGAAGAGCUUGAGAUCCUGCUAAUGGAAGUACGGAAAGAUAUGCAGUCGCCGAGUAUUCACCCCAUGUUUGAUCUGUGA